CAUUCUUUUCUUUUUGAAUCCACCUUUCUAACAUUCCUCAAGCAGACGACCAAAAAAAACUGCAAGCUCAUGGAACCACCUCAUCGACACAGCCCUAUACUGGGGUCCUCAGACGAGCAGCAUCAUCCUGUCAGGGGCAUCCUCAAAAAGACAAUGGACUCACACCAGCAUCAAGACCAACAGGACCCACAUGACGAGAACACGACAAGGCUCAAAUGGGACGAAGAAAACUUAAUGAUCACAGAAGCACAAAAGGAUUCGACCAUGAAGAUUGACGAACCCAAGACGCCCUAUGUCCAUUACGACCAUGUGCUGGAUAGAGUCAUGGAUCCUGAAGAGGUAUUCUCGUUAGAUGGCCCAAGGAAAAAGCACGCAGCCUUGGCACAUACACCUCCUGUCCCAUCCUAUCUUGCGAGUCUGAACAACGAUGAAGAUGAUGAUGGCGAUGAAGGCGACAAUAGGGAGCGGGAUCCAGACGAGUGGCAGGACUCGGAUGAUGAAGAUGAUGAUAGUGACAGGAAGUCUGGAAGCAAUUCGGUGGACCAUGACAAGUUUGCAAAGAUGCGUGCAGAACACUACAAGAUGAAGGAGGCGGUCAAACUCGGACAUCAUCUCAUUGAAGACGAAGACGAAGACGAGGACGAGGACGAGGACGACAACGAUGAAGAAAGCAGUGAGAGAAAGAGCGGCACGAAAGGAGGAACCAGGACCGUUGCAGCUGCACCAAGUUACAAUACGGGCAAAAGGACUGAGAGCGGCGAAGACGACGACGACGAGCUGAACAUGGACUUGUGA